CUCAUUGUUCCUGCACCACACCGACUCUGUGAGCGAGGGCGCAUCUCGACGCUUCGGUGACGUAGGCAGAGGACGACGUUUCCGUAGCAACUGGGGCCGGACCGUUACCCGCAGCGGCUGCUCGUACCAGCGGAGCUCGUCGACAAGCACCAGAAAGGGGGGGGGGUUGUCGUCGGUAACCGGAUACCACCGCUGUCUUGUGAGGGCGUAGGGACACGGGGGCGACGCAGUAUCGAGGCGGCGAGCCCGCAGGUCCGUGCGGAGAUGCUGAAUAUGUGGAAAGUCCGAGAGCUGGUGGACAAAGCCACCAAUGUGGUGAUGAACUACUCGGAGAUCGAGUCCAAGGUGAGAGAGGCCACUAAUGACGACCCAUGGGGACCCUCCGGACAACUGAUGGGAGAAAUAGCCAAAUCUACCUUUAUGUACGAGCAGUUCCCAGAGGUGAUGAACAUGCUGUGGACCAGGAUGCUGAAAGACAACAAGAAGAACUGGAGACGAGUCUACAAGGCUUUACUGCUGCUGGCCUAUCUGAUCAGGAAUGGGUCUGAAAGAGUCGUCACCAGUGCCAGAGAACACAUCUACGACCUACGGUCUCUAGAAAACUACCACUUCAUUGAUGAGAAUGGGAAGGAUCAGGGCAUCAAUGUGCGUCAGAAGGUGAAGGAGAUGGUGGAGUUUGUCCAGGACGAUGACAGACUCAGAGAAGAGAGGAAGAAAGCCAAAAAGAACAAAGAUAAAUACAUUGGCGUUUCCUCUGACAGUAUGGGAGGAGGAGGAGGUGGAGGAGGAAGCAUUAAGAACGCUAAUGAGCUGGAUCGGAGUAAGUGGGAUGAGGACUGGGAUAAGAGCAGAGGAGCAUUCCCCUUCAGUGAGAAGCUCGGAGAGAUCAGCGACAAGAUAGGUAGCACCAUUGACGACACCCUCAACAAGUUCAGAAAGAAGGAACGAGACGACUCACCCGACAGAAUCAGCGACAAUGAGGAGGACCGAGCAUCCAGAAACGGCAGGCAGGAAACCCUCGAGUUCAAAGAUGAGGAAGAAACUGUCACAACGAAGAGCAUCCAGAUCACACAAGCAACAGAAACCACAACCACCACCACGCGGAAACGCAGCGGAGCAACAAGCAGCAAGACUCUGGACCUGGGAGCUGCAGCUCACUACACUGGAGACAAGAGCCCAGAGUCAUCAGUCAGGCAGUCUUCCAGUAGCGGUCUAGCUGACUUACUAGUGAUUGACCCUUCAUCCAAUCCGAGCACUACAACAGGUGGCAGUUCAGACCUCAUUGGUGGCUUUGCUGACUUCUCCUCUCCUGCAGCUUCUGCCAGCCUCCCAACUUCCACCGCUGCUGCAUCAUCCAAUGGAAACGGAGAAUUUGGAGACUGGAAUGCCUUCUCAGCCAAUCCACCAGCUUCGUCCAGCUCUGGUCCCUCCCAGCCCGUCACUGACCUGUUUGGCAGCGUCCAGUCACCUACAACCCCAGCCCCUAAUCCCGCCACUGUCCCGCCUUCUGCCGAGCUCUUUGACCUCAUGGGUGGAGUAAACCAUCAACUAACCAAUCCACAUACAACACUGAGUGCCUCUCAGAGCAUGACUUUUUCUCUGGGAGGGGCGACGCCAGGACCAUCUGUUGGUAUGCCCACCAUGCCUCUUUCUCGGUCUCAACAGAGCUUGGGAGGUAUGACAUCGCAACAGCCCAUAGGACAACAGCAGAAGGUUGGUGUUGGAGGUCAAGGAUCUUUAGGGUCGACCUGGUCUGACCCCUCUGUCAACAUCAGCCUGGACUUCCUAUCAGCAGGCCUCAACCCCACUAAGACACCACCCACACUCAACAAUAUCAUCCAGCAACAAGGAGUGCCUCCUGUCAACCUGUUGGCCCAGAACUUCGGAGGACUCAACCUCAGCUCCCCGCCCCACGUGACACCCAUCAGACCACCAGCCAACGCCAUGAUCGCAGGCAAUGCCAUGACGAUGGGCAUGCCCGCAUCGAUGGCAACCGGCAUGCCUGCUUCCAUGGCAGCGAAUAUGCCCUCUUCAAUGACCACGGGCACCAUGGGGAUGGGGGCAAUUCCUGUAAACCAAGGCAUGAUGGGAAUGAACAUGAGCAUGAAUAUGGGCAUGGCCGCUCCAGUGAUGAUGGGUGGUAUGGCUGGCAUGGGAGUGCCAGGAGUUGGGAUGGGCCUAACACACUCCAUCACCCCAGCUGUGGUUCCACCCAAACAAGAUGCCUUCGCUAACUUUGGCAGUUUUGGGAAAUGAAGGAGUGCAAAUGUGUGUGUGUGUUUGAGUGUGUGAGCGUGAGUGUGAGUGUGCAUGUCUGACAUUAUGAGAGUAUGAACCACUGAAGGACUGCUGUACUUGAAGACAACCUUGCAUGUUUCUCUUAUGCUUCUGCUCUCGUUGGCGAACUGGCACCAGUGAUGGUUCACUAUGAUCUUGGAGGUAUGGGGAGAGCGCCCACUGGUGCCCCCUUACCCAAUGGUAAUUUGAUGAUGUCAUCAAGUAAUGUCACAUAGAGGACGACCCUAAGAGCAGGGAAGGUGUCUAGCCACAGCUUCUAGUCCUGUGGUGAAAGGAUCUUCAUCUUAACCUGUUUUUAUAUAUGAACUACAGUAUAUCCCCACACCAUUACAAAGAAAUCACUGCAAAACGUUCUUCUCUGUGACUGAGAAUUCAAUCAGUACAACUCUGUAUUGUAGCCCAAGAUAUCAUGUUUUGUAUUAUUUAACCAAAUUCUAUCACAAGAUUUAAGCCAUUACAUUAUUGGCAGGGGGUUUCUCUCGAUCAUUGUGCAAACAGUAUAACAGCUGCAGUAUCUGGAGUACACUGAAUCCACACUCUGGUCCUCCAGCAGAGAGCAGGAUGGGUGUAUGUGUUGAUAUAAAACUGUAUGGUGGUACUUAUUCUAGAGCCAUAUUAGGGUGGAUGAAGCACAUAUUACACCCUUUUUUCUCUCCCCUCCUCUUUUUAUCUGGCUUGACUCAGUGUACAGUAAGACACUCAGUCCUAUUGUUUGUUGAUGUUUAAAUGACAACAUGGGUGAGGCCUUGAACUGCUCAGAACAAAGGUCCUUAAAAUGCUGUUGGGCUCUUUGAUAUUACAAUAAUCGCUCACGGUUAGAAGUGAUAUUUGUCCUCUACUUAACAUUUUUUCCUUCUGUCAGAUGAAUGCGCGAUGAAAGGGUCAGUCAGUAUUUUAUUCAGAGUACUAUUCACUGAUAUUUUCUCUUUAUUUCUGAGCCACAUAGAUUUAUGCUGCCUAGUCUACUUUUGCACACAUACAGUUUAGGGUUAGAGGUACAGGUUUUUAAAGAGUAUUUUCCAGCUGGCUGUGUGAACAGAGGGUAAACGAUGGUCACCAUUUUAAAGACUCACAUUCCUCUAAAUUUCUUCCAUGUUUAAGGCAGUUGCACAUCACAGAGUUUUGUGUGCGACAACCCAGCAAUGUACCUUUUAAUUACAAAGUAUUUUUGCCAGCAGACAUUUUUCACCCUGCAGCUCACUUGGUGGUGUAACGGUGGCAUAUUUUUGCGCCCCACAAACCACGUACUAUAAAAUUACCGCCGUAACAUCGGACUUGGAUUAGAUAAAUUGGCAAUUAUUUUUCAUUAGCUGAGUUUUAAAUUGUUUCUAUCGCUAGCUGAGACAAAUCUAAAAGGUUUUUUGGGGGUCUCGAUUGAAGUGUACGUGUGAGAAAAGCGUGAAUGAGUGUGUGACUUUAUGUAUGGGUAUAGUUUUCUCUGUUUGAUGUGCAAACACAGCUAAGCAGAGCCUCUUGUCAUUUUCCGAGGCACUGCACUCCAAAUGACCAAAUCUUUAUUUUGUUACUCUCAGAAGGAUGAUUCCAUAGCUAUUAGUUUAAUAUUUUAUUAGCUUAACUUGUAGGUUCAUAUGUUCAUAUGGGAGAGCUACUACUAACAUAACUUAGUUGACGGGAAUCAUGUUUUUGUUUCUUUUUCGGUACAUCUCGUUUCAUUUGAUUGUACUCUAUAUUUUCUGUACUUCAUUCGACAUUAAAUUAUAAUAUUAAA